UCCCUUCGUUGCCAUGGAAACAAGACACACACACGCUCUCGCCGGCACCGGUGGCGGUUUGUUUUGGUCCCGUGUCAUGUCGCGACAGAAGAAUCAAAGUAACAAGGGCCAUGGAGUGUCAAAAGGAAAAGAGCGAGAGCCGAGAACAUUAAUUCGGUUCAAGACCGCACUCAUGAACACACUGAUGGACGUCCUACGCCACAGACCUGGAUGGGUAGAAGUGAAAGAUGAAGGCGAGUGGGAUUUCUACUGGUGUGACGUCAGCUGGCUGCGUGAGAACUUUGACCACACCUACAUGGAUGAGCACGUGCGGAUCAGUCACUUCCGGAACCACUAUGAGCUUACCAGGAAGAACUACAUGGUAAAGAACCUGAAGAGGUUCCGGAAGCAGCUGGAGCGCGAGGCGGGAAAGGUGGAGGCAGCCAAGUGUGACUUCUUCCCCAAAACCUUUGAGAUGCCCUGCGAGUACCAUCUGUUUGUGGAGGAGUUCCGCAAGAACCCUGGAAUCACCUGGAUCAUGAAGCCUGUCGCCCGAUCUCAGGGGAAGGGCAUCUUUCUCUUCCGGAGACUGAAGGACAUCAUGGACUGGAGGAAGGGCACUGUGGGAAAGAAGCUCACCAUUGUGGAGGCGCAGCCUGCCCGUACCAAUGUGAACCCCUCAGCCAGCCAUGACACAAAGAAUUCUGAUGACCAGAAAGAAGAGAUGCCAGUGGAGAACUAUGUGGCUCAGCGCUACGUGGAAAACCCCUACUUGAUAGGAGGCCGCAAGUUUGACCUGCGAGUCUAUGUUCUGGUGAUGUCGUACAUCCCUCUGCGGGCUUGGCUAUACCGUGAUGGCUUUGCCCGGUUCUCCAACACCCGCUUCACACUGAGCAGCAUCGAUGACCAUUAUGUUCACCUCACCAAUGUCGCCGUGCAGAAGACAUCUCCCGACUACCACCCAAAAAAGGGUUGCAAAUGGAUGCUCCAGCGCUUCCGACAGUACCUGGCAUCCAAGCAUGGUCCUGAGGCCGUAGAGACACUCUUCAGUGACAUGGACAACAUCUUCAUCAAGAGCCUGCAGAGCGUGCAGAAGGUGAUCAUCAGUGAUAAGCACUGCUUUGAGCUGUAUGGCUAUGACAUCCUCAUUGAUCAGGACCUCAAGCCGUGGCUCCUGGAAGUCAAUGCAUCUCCUUCACUGACGGCCAGCAGCCAGGAGGACUACGAACUCAAGACCUGCCUGCUGGAAGACACCCUGCAUGUGGUGGACAUGGAGGCCAGACUCACAGGAAAGGAGAAGAGAAUCGGGGGCUUCGACCUCAUGUGGAAUGAUGGCCCUGUCAGCAGAGAGGAGGGGCCUUCCGACCCUUCAGGGAUGGGAAACUUUGUGACCAACACACACUUAGGUAUGCCGAGUCAGACAGAAAGUGAGUGGGACAGAAAUAUCAUAGGAAGUGCAGGUAGACUGGGGGGCAGCUUGGCAUAGCAGUGAGAUCAUGUAAAUCCAACCUGCAGCAUACCAGCUGUGUGACUCAGGCAAGUGGCUUACCCUCUCUGGUCUUCAUCCAUAACAUACAGAUGAGUAGUGUCUUUCAGGGUGUGUGUCCAACCUGCAACCUGGGGACCCCAUGAACCAAAUGCAGCUAAGGGUAGCAAUGACUGCAGUCCAACACAAAAUCGUAUACUCAAAAUACUUAUGAAAUUUUUCUUUGAGUGUGUGUGUGUAUAACUUUUUGCACAGUUUUCAAGUGUGAAUUUUGUAGAUGACAAUGUCUGGUCACAAUACCAAAAGAUUGGACACUCCUGAUAGGACCCUGCCCAGUAUGGUGAGAGAUUACUGAGCCAUCAGGAGGGGGAUUUCAGGACUCAGGUGGAGAACAAAUUAUCAUUAGAAAAGUUAACAACUGCAGGACUCUGCGAUAAAGUUCGUAUAUAAAAUGUGAAAAAAUUCCCAAUUAUAGAAAUUCACACUCAUUGUAGAAUAUUUGAAAACUAAAGAAGGGAAUUUUAAAACACAUCCAGACAUAACCAUCAUUAACAAUCUGGUGUUUCCUUCCAGUUUUAAAAAAUGCAUAUAUUCAUAUUUUUAUAAAUCUGGCACCAGACUGGCAUUCAGAGUCCCGCUUUCCACGUGGCAUCCCUCCAUUCAGGAAUACAAAGGCCCUCCCAUGGGAAGCAUGUGUUAGCCAGGGCUGGGCUAAAUGUUUACGUGCAUUACCACAUUCCAUGUGGUAGCUUCUGUGAUCACCCCACGGGUGAGGAAAUGGUCUCCAACAGUUGCACAGACUGUAGAAGGCUGUUGUCAUGGUGAUGGGCCAGCCUGAACCCUAACCCCCAAAUCCCGACCUCUAGAUUCUCCUAGUCCCAGGUAAGCUACAAAGCGGUUAUGACAUGGCUGUAGAGCAUUUCAGCCUGAGUGUGUGCCAGCGUUUACCAAGCCGAUUUCUUAUCACCUGGCAUUUGGCACAAUUUCAUCUCUUUACUUUUCGAAAUAACAUCGUGGUGAAUAUUCUCUCCUGUGAAACCCAUUGAAACUAUUUUCUUUGAGAUCCCUGGAAGCAGAGUCACUGGGUCAAAGGGAUAGACUUACUGGACCAACUGGAAAGGAGUCCAAGCCUUCGCCCUUUAUGAAUUCAUUAGUAUUGUAUGUGAAUUCCAUUGAUUUCUGAGGGGGCUCCAGUUUUUAAUGUGUCUUUCUUCUUUUGUAAGAUGUCCUGGCUUUUUAUGAUUUUCCUUUUUUACUUUUAAUAAUAGACUACUUUUAUGAAGGAACAUGA